AUGCGCCGGGGCAGCGGGUACGCAGUCGUGAAGGAGAAGCCGUCGUCGUCGACGCACGACCUUGUCCUGGGCCGCGUCUACUGGUUCAUCGAGUGGCUUUCGUUCGGCGCCGGCCUCAUCGUUGUCGUCCUCGUGGCGUUUGAUGCGAUCGCCAACAACUGGGCGUUCAACGACUUUAUUGGGAAUGGCUACCAGUACAUGACACCAGUCGCGGACGUCGCGCACGCCAGCCAGCUCGAGGGAGCGUACGCGUUUCCACCUGGCGCGGGCAUCUCGGACCUCUCGCGCAUUUCCAAAUGGAUGGUCAACUACACCAUCAGCAACCUCGUCCUCCCCGGGAACGACAAGAUCUACGUGCUCUCGGCCGGCACGUACACGAUCAACGGCGGCAUGAACCUCUGCAACAUCUUCAAGCGGUCGUACCCGUCGGCCAACGCCAGCGCGGGUCCGAUCCAACUCGGGGUCGCCCAAGACGCCAUCACGUUUCUGCGAGGCGAAGCCUUUAGCCACCUCUUCACGGACGACGCGACAAGCAAUUUGGCGAACGCGUCGAUGCGCUCGGCGCAGCUCGGCGCGCUGGGGUAUGCGCCCGCCCGCAUCCAAACCGACAUUCGCCUCACGCAGCGCAUUCCCGCGCUCAGCAAUGUGACCAGUGUCCAGAGCUUUCUUGUCGGCUACUACCGCAUCUACCCGAAAGCGUACUGCACCGGCUGCAUCCCGAUCGCGGAGCUAGGCCACGGCACGUGCAACUUGAGCCUUGUCGUACGGCCAGAUCAACGCGGCGUCACGGUUGUCAACGCGUCGCAUGUCGACGGCUCGGCCCACGGCCUCGGGCUCAUGAUCCAGCAAAAUGCUUUCAGCGCCGCGUCGCACUACCUCAAAUUCAUCGCGAUGCUGUUUGCAGUCGGCGGGUACCUCGCGAGCCGACGGACCGUGCAGUGGCAGGAGGUCGAUGUGAACGUGACCGAGACGUUUCUGCACAAGAUCGUCAAGAUGGUCCUGCCGAGCUACUACCCGCACGUCUCGCACGCGAUUCGGUUCGACAUGAUUUGCUACAAUUCCGACAUGUUUGUGCUCUUCUUCACGACAAGCGUCGUCCUCGACAUCAACCACGCGAUCAUCUUUACGCGGGAAGUGCAAGUCUUCAACCAAGUGUGCUUCAAGUGGUCGAUGGGCUUUCAGCUCUUUGCGCUCAGCACGCGCUUGCUCUGGCUCAACUGUGCGUUUCUCAAGGCACUCAAAGUACUGUGGCACCUCGUGUCGACGGCCACGUACUGCGGACAAAGCCAUAUCAUGGGCUUCUUCAACCUCCGGAGCGUCACAUCUCUGUACCUGAGUGCGAUCAUGCUCUUUACGUCCCGCCGUUCAUCGACCGCUCGAUGGGAUCGCGUUGGACUUCUGCAGAGCUUUUACGUGCGCGGGUCGGGUGCGAUAGCUGCAGGUCUUGUCUCCAACAUUCUCAUGGUCGCGCUGCUCGACCACACGUGCAACAUGGCCUUUUGGCGCCGCCUCGGCCAAAACAGUUUGGCGCGCCAAGCGAUCUACAACAGCACGUCGAUUUUGAUGGACGACAUUAUCGGGAUUGAUCCUGGAGCGAUCGAUGCCGUCUCGCCUGUGAUUCACUGCAAGGCCCGUCGGCUCUGCACGCUCCAGUGGUUCUUCCUCAGUCAUUUGAGCCUCUUUGGCUUGCCGGAGAAGGAGUUGAAGAAGAAGAACCACCAGCAUGCGCACCAUCCUCCGGCGAGUGAUACCACCAUGGGUAUGAGUCAACUGCCGUCCGCGCACGGCGACGGCGCCGAAAGCAGCAACUCGGGCCGGUCAGAUCAACUCUACCUCGUCGCGCAAGGCUCGGACCACCACUUUCAUCUCCUCGACAGCGACUACAAAGACGUGAAAAGCCUCAUGUUCAACAUCAAGAUCCUCAAAAACACCAGUGUCCUCAUCAAGUAG